AUGGACCAACCGCCACCAGCUGAAACACCCGAAAGAGGGGAUCCUGGACCAUCACAUGGCAAGUCACCACCUCAAUGUACCGCCCCACCACCGCCGACCCUUAUCCCCGGUGACCUCAAGAAAGCUCCUAUUAAAAGACGAUGUACAGACCCAGACUCAUAUCACGACUAUGAUGAUGACAAGACCUCUACUUAUUCCGUUCAAGAUGCUAUUUUACAUUCCAAUGAAGACGAGUCUCCAGAAGAUCCCAUGCAAGUUCUGGAAGCCGAUGAAGAUAAUCGGCCCUUUACCCCAGUCCACUACAAGAAAAACCGCCCUGCGGGCAUUCCAGUGGUUUUCAAACCCAACAGUUCCAAUGCAUCCUUGUGGAGGGUGAAUCCUAACGAAGUGGCCAAAGAGAUCAUUGAUGUUGCACAGGAGAAGCUACUCUCACAUAGGAUGAACAAAGACGGGAGCCUUUUCGUGAGUGUUGCAUCUCUGCAAGCAGCCAACAGAUUACUAGCCAUAUCGACCCUUUGCUCUAUUGAAGUGGCGACAAGUGUACCCCACUCCUACUCACGGAAUUUGGGAAAAAUCAAAGGAGUACCGAUCGAGUAUACCGACGAAGAACUACUAGACUAUUUUAAAAAUCUUGGAGUUAUUUCUGUUCAACGGCAAAUUUCGUAUAGAAGACAAGAGGACGGCAACGUGGAACACCGCAAGACAGAAAGCGUGCUCCUCCACUUCCGCCCAGACCAACCAAUGCCUACACGCGUUCUCUUAGGCUUCACAAGUCACACUGUUGACGAGUAUUUUGGUCCUCCAGUGCAGUGCUAUCAUUGCCAAAGGUACGGACACAUUGCGCAAUACUGCCGUGGACCACGGCGCUGCAAAGUGUGCGCAGGUCCGCACCACCACAAGACUUGCACCAAUCGGCAAGAACCCAAGUGCGCAAACUGCGGUAACCAGCAUGCCGCUACCUUCUCUGGGUGUCAACGCAGAAAGGCUGCCUCGGUUAUCCGAAGACAGGACGUCUUAAAUGGCAAGGAAAAUCGUGGGUUCGCGGCCACCUUAAACCCUGAAGUUGUGCGCGUCCCCUUGCCUGUCCCGGUUCCAACGGAUAAGCGAGCCCAAAAGCCAACUUACAGUGACGCAUUGAAGAAGACGACGAAUGGAGUGAAAGAAAAACACAGAGAACGUCGGCCACAUGAAGACGCACCUGAAGCAGCCAGAGGAAUUCCAUCAACUAUGCAAUUACUGAAAUCAGCCCCUACCACUCAGACGACCAUACGACAACCUAUGUCGGUAUCAUCAGCUCCAAGGCGCAAACGACAAGAGCAGGCUGGUGACCUUGGUAGCGUCCUUAUUCCAAUGCUUUUUGCUGCGUUAAGGGCCAUCAUCAAAGCGAUCCCUGAUUCAGACAACCUACCAGAAGUGCAAGCCCUGCUUGCAAUGGAAUCCUUUUUGAAAGCAGGACCCUUCCACCGCUAG